UUAACGUGUUCUGUUUUGCGCGUGUAUAAUUGGUGCAGUGUAUAUAAAUGCAUCUCAUAAAAGAGCUUAUAUCCUGGAUAUAUUACCAUUUAAAACGCUCAUAUAUUGCGCCGCAGAGGUCUGGAGAAAAUAACCGAAGGAAUCAGUUUAGCAAGCGGAUUAUACAUAUUAAUGGAAAUCCAGUCGCUUGUGAUUUAAGCACAGAACAACGUUCGGACUCUUCGCGUCUCAAGUUCGGAUAGCGUUGAAUUUUUGUUCUUUCUUUGAGAGAUAUCAACAUGGCGAAUUGCGAAACUGGUGUGAAGACAGUAGUGAUGUGUGUGGACAACAGUUCCCAGGCGGAAUGGGCGUUCAGCUGGUACAUCACAAACAUCCAUCGCCCGGAGAACCACCUGAUUGCUGUGCAUUGCCCAGAGACCUUCACCAAUGUAACCAUGAUGAGCCCUAGCAGAGUGAGUGAGCUGAUUAAAGAAUGUAAUGAGAAACUAGAUUCCCUAAGAACGAAAUUUGUCUCCAAAAUGACGGACCACAAGAUCAACGGAGAGUUUAAGGCCAUAGGGCUCGAGGGUGAUAUGAAACCAGGCCAGGCCAUCGUGGACUUCGCAGAGCAGUCAAAAGCCACUUUCAUCGUCACGGGAACCCGUGGCAUGGGAAAGUUCCGUCGUACAGUGAUGGGCAGUGUUAGCGACUAUAUCGUCCACCAUUCACCCUGUCCUGUCCUCGUGUGCAGACAAAAGGAAGCCAAGGAGAAACAUUAGGAGGAAGUUCAGGGGAAAAUUGUGUGUGCAUCCCUGUCACCUGGGGUGUUUGUUUUACUGAUGUCAUUGAAAAAUGCUCUUGGUCGAUCUUGUGUCAUCUGUUUGAUAAAAUAACACUAUUUGAUGAGGAAUUAGUUUUUAGAAAUGGUUCUUGAUGUUACAAAUACCUUGAGUAAUAGAUUAUAGUAAUUGAAUGAAAAGGAAAAAGUUGUUCAUAAUAAAAUUACCAUUUAUUUGAA